UGUCUCAGUUUCUCUCAAAACAAACACAAAAUUAUAUACUCACCAUUAUCACAUUAAUACUCCAUUGUUUUUGUUUCCUCUGCAAAUUCCCAUAAUUGGGAAAUGAAAUCUCAUCUUCCCAUAUCUUCUUUCCCAUUACUCCAUUGAUGGGCAAUUUUGAAAUGAUUCUAAAGCGGAAAUUGAUGCCAUGACAAGACAACAACAACAGAAACGAUUUCUUUGCAUGCGAGCAAGGGCAUGGACGAAUUGCCGGGGUCGUUUGGGACCAGCGCCAGCUUGGCUUUGCGCUUGGGACAGACUAUAUUCUCCUUCGCUUCCCUUCUCUUCAUGUGUUUCGACGUUCAGUUCUAUAGCUACACAGCUUUCUGCUACUUGGUGACAGUCAUGGGCUUAGUGGUCCCAUGGAGCUUGACAUUGGUUGUGGUGGAUGCUUACUCUGUAUUUGUCAAGUUCUUACCUCGUCAACCAAGAACGAUAUUGAUAGUCGUCUUAGGAGACUGGGCUUUGUCAUAUCUCUUGCUAUCUGCGGCCUGCUCAGCCGCUAGUGUCACGGAUCUGCUGUUUGAUGCGGGUGGAUCCUACUGCCCUGCUAAGUUAUGUAGUAGAUAUCAACUAUCUGCUGCCAUGGCUUUCUUAUCUUGGUUUCUCUGUCAAGGUUCUUUCUUGUUCAAUCUCUGGCUUCUUCCUUCUUUGUGAAACAACGGGCAGUUAUUCGACUCUAAAAUUGAAAUGCCCAAGAAAUGAAAAUAAUCAUGUGAGACGAAGUCUGCUGCUGAAGCAUAUAGAAGGUUCCAUACUAUUUUCACCAAUAGAUGCUUUAAAAUCAAACUUGAAACCCUUUAAAAAUAAAAAAAAAUAAAAAAUAAAAAAUCAAACUGGAAACCUUACUGAAUGUGAUUGCAGCGAAGCUGCUUAACCCGAAUACUUGAGACUUGGUUCUGUUGAGAAGAAAGUGUUGUUUUCUACUAGCCCUGGGAUGAUGCUGCAGUACAUAUCCCCAAAUGAUUUUAUUUUAUUGUACAUGAAUCUUUUAGGUGAUGAAUACAAACUCCAAUUAGUUGGUUUAUGGCAGAUAAAACAAUUGCUUUUGUUUUCAUGUAAUUAUUAUUACUCAUUGUUAACAGAACAGUAGUUUAUAUAUCUUAUGAAGA